GCCUGUGGGACUCCCCGCCACUGGAGAUCCCGCUGCAGCAACCUUGCCCAGAUUCCCUUGCGGUACUCCUCGCCACUGGGCAGGGGUUGGGAGGGUUCCUUGGCCAACGAGGGUCUCCAUGGCGACGAUCGGUUGGUUGUAAAACAGAUGAGGGGUCUCAAGUCUCUGCCCUCCAAGGCAUAAGCCCCGCCUCCGUAGCUGAUGGAGGUGGAGCCAGAAAUAAAUGCUCCUCCCCCACCCCCAGUGUCAAUUGCACCUUCCCCUGAGGCCCGUGAGAUGGAUCGGGGAGGAGGUGAGCUAUGGGGCCGGAGGGGCCCAUGGAGGGAGGUGGGUGGGGCAUGAGAGUGGCUGGCUCCACCCCCCCUUUCUGCCCCGCCCCCCAGGACGCCCAGGCGGAAGACGAGAUCAAGCAGGAGAUGAACCAGCUGCAGCAGAAGCUGAAUGAACAGCAGAGCGUCCUGCAGCGCAUCGCCGCCCCCAACAUGAAGGCCAUGGAGAAGCUGGAGAGUGUCCGGGACAAGUUCCAGGAGACCUCCGAUGAGUUUGAGGCCGCCCGGAAGCGCGCCAAGAAGGCCAAGCAGGCGUUUGAGCAGAUCAAGAAGGAGCGAUUUGACCGGUUCAACGCCUGCUUCGAGUCCGUGGCCACGAACAUCGACGAGAUCUACAAGGCUCUGUCGCGGAACAGCAGCGCCCAAGCGUUCCUGGGCCCGGAGAACCCCGAAGAGCCGUACCUGGAUGGAAUUAAUUACAACUGUGUGGCCCCUGGCAAGCGGUUCCGGCCCAUGGACAACCUGUCCGGAGGGGAGAAAACUGUAGCAGCCUUGGCCCUUCUGUUUGCUAUCCACAGCUACAAACCUGCCCCCUUCUUCGUGCUGGACGAAAUCGACGCUGCGCUGGACAACACCAAUAUCGGGAAGGUGGCCAACUACAUCAAAGAGCAGUCCACCUGCAACUUCCAGGCCAUUGUCAUCUCGCUGAAGGAGGAAUUCUACACCAAGGCCGAGAGCCUGAUUGGGGUCUACCCUGAGCAAGGGGACUGCGUGAUCAGCAAAGUGCUGACCUUUGACCUCACCAAGUACCCCGACGCCAACCCGAACCCCAACGAGCAAUAAGCCGGCUGGAUGCUGCCACGGCGGGGUGGGGGGGUGGGGGAUGUGAUGGGUUAACCCCCCCCCAUUUAUUUUUAACCAUUGCAUUGCCUCUGCCAAUGCCCCUGUCCCCUCGGACUGCUAUUAACCCCCCGUCUCUAGGGUGGGGGCCACCUGACUCCACAUCACUGGGGGGAGCGGUUUUAUCCCCGGGGGGGCCUCAAUUCCCUCCACCCCCUCCGAUGCUAUUUUUAGAAUUGUGCUAUUUAACUUGCUUUUUAAAACCAGCCCCUGGGGGAUCAGCCUGGGAGGGCUGGAAUUAGGGGGCGGGAAG